AUUCUCAUAAAAAAUAUUUAUUUAAUUUAAGUAUAUUAAAACUAGAACCAGAAGAACGAAAUCCACGUGAAAGAUUGACACAAGAAGCUCAACUCUUAUCCAUCUCUACGUUAUCAUCGUUUCUUCCUUCUCUUUCGUGCUUGAAUAUCCAACAACACGUUCCCCAAAUUCAAACCCUAAUCAAUCAAUCAUCAAUUAGGGUUUCCAUUUGUCGAUGACGAUGUUGUUGGACGACGUUCUUCAAUCCAUCGAGCUAUGGCUACGUCUCAUAAAGAAACCACAACCCCAAACCUUCGUUAACCCUAAUCUUGACCCUGUGUUGUUAGUACCUGGUGUUGGUGGCUCCAUCCUUAACGCUGUAAACGAAACUGAUGGUAGCCAGGAACGUGUUUGGGUUCGUUUUCUCUCUGCUGAAUACAAGUUUAAAACUAAGCUUUGGUCUCGUUAUGAUCCUUCUACUGGAAAAACUGUAACAAUGGAUCCAAAAUCAACAAUUGUGGUUCCUGAAGAUAGGCAUGGACUCUAUGCAAUUGAUGUUUUAGAUCCUGACUUGGUAAUUGGAAGUGAGGGUGUAUAUUAUUUCCAUGACAUGAUAGUUCAAAUGCAGAAAUGGGGGUAUCAAGAGGGAAAUACACUUUUUGGCUUUGGAUAUGAUUUUCGUCAAAGCAACAGGUUACAGGAAACAAUGGAUCGGUUUGCUGAAAAAUUGGAAUUAAUUUAUAAUGCUGCUGGAGGGAAAAAGUUAAACCUCAUAAGUCAUUCUAUGGGUGGUCUUUUGGUGAAGUGUUUCAUGUGCCUGCACAGUGAUAAUUUUGAGAAAUAUGUGAAGAAUUGGAUUGCAAUUGCUGCACCAUUCCAGGGUGCACCUGGAUGUAUCAGUUCUACCUUUUUAAAUGGAAUGUCCUUUGUAGAAGGAUGGGAGCAAAACUUUUUUAUUUCCAAAUGGAGCAUGCACCAGUUGCUGAUUGAAUGUCCAUCAAUAUAUGAACUGAUGGCUUGUCCUAAUUUUGAUUGGCAACACAUUCCUCUUCUGGAAUUGUGGCGUGAAAGACUUCAUUCGGAUGGGAAAUCUCAUGUUAUUCUCGAGUCAUAUCCGCCAUGUGAAUCCGUUGAGAUAUUUAAGCAAGCUCUUGUUAACAACAAAGUUAGCUAUGAUGGUGAGGAAUUUUCCCUGCCCUUCAACACAGAGAUUUUGGAAUGGGCAAACAAAACAAGGGAGAUUCUAUCUUCUGCUAAACUUCCUCCGGGUGUUAAAUUUUACAAUGUUUAUGGGACCAGUCAGGCGACACCUCAUAGCAUUUGCUAUGGAAAUGCGGACAAGCCUGUCUCAGAUCUGCAAGAUUUACGUUAUUUGGAGGCCAGAUACGUGUGCGUUGAUGGUGAUGGAACAGUUCCAGUAGAGUCAGCUAAGGCUGAUGGGUUCGAUGCGGAGGAGAGGGUUGGAAUCCCAGGUGAACACCGGGGUAUCCUUUGUGAGCCUCAUCUAUUUAGGAUUCUCAAGCACUGGCUGAAUGCAGGAGAUCCUGAUCCCUUUUACAAUCCUAUCAAUGAUUAUGUGAUCCUACCCACUGCUUUUGAAAUGGAGAGGCAUAAAGAGAAGGGUGUAGAAGUAACAUCCCUUAAAGAGGAAUGGGAAAUUAUUUCCAACGACCAAAAUGGCCAAAGCAAUACUGAUAAUAAAAUGUCUCUGAGCUCAAUAUCAGUUUCGCAAGAAGGAGCUGAUAAAUCCCAUUCUGAGGCUCAUGCUACCGUCUUUGUUCACCCUGGCAAUGACGGUAAACAACACAUUGAACUGAAUGCUUUGGCUGUUUCAAUUGAUGCCUCGUGAAUCAUUCUGUUGAAGUGUGAAUGAACAUGGUGGGAAUACCUGCUGUAUAUUUUAAUUGUGGCUCCAUCUAUUUGUAUAUAUAAAAGGACAUUCAUAUGAUGCUGCCACAAUAUUCCUCCAUGUUCUAUAUUGUAUAAUUGUAUAAUAUGAUUGAAGUGUCAAUUAUCAUGAUAAAGAGUACCAUCUCUGACAUUCUUAUCCGACUUUAUAAAGAGUGGCGUACUAUUAACAUUUGUAUCAGCAUAUGUGCAAAGUUCAAUUGAAAGGUUGUUAUUUA